AUGACUCAGUACCCAAAAGUAGUGGUGUUUGAUCUGGACUAUACCCUCUGGCUGGCUAACUAUAUCCAAAAGUGCUGGUGUGAUACUCAUAUAUCGCCUCCAAUCAAAGCUAAAAGCACAAAGACUUUAGUGGACAAAUAUGGAUUUCAAAUCUCUUUUUAUAAAGACGUUGAAGAGAUAUUCAAAGAGUUGAAAGAGAAUAACGUUUACAUAGUGGCUGCAAGUAGAACUUCAGCACCAGCCCUUGCUAGAAAAAUGUUGAAAAGUCUUCAUUUAAACGGUGAACCAGCUAUAAACCAUUUUGAUGCCCUGGAAUUUGGUACUUUUUCAAAGAAAAAUCAUAUUAAAUCUGCAAUGAGUUCAUUAGAUCAAGAAAUUGAAUUAAAGCAUGUUAUAUUAUUUGAUGAUGAAUUAAGAAAUAAAGAUGUUGAGACUUUGGGAGUUCAAUUUGCUCAUAUCUUUGAUGAAGAUAGAGGCCUAACAAAGCAGAUAUUCCAAAAUGCUAUAGCUAAAUAUAACAAUAGAUUAUCUACAUAG